CGCCGAGGAGGGAGCGGUGCGCGCCUCCCUCCUGGGCUUCCUAAAGCGCAGCCUCCUUCUCCUCCUCCUCCUUCUCCUUCUCCUCCGCAUCCUCUGGCCAGCGCGGCCUGCUCCCCCUGCGCGCGGAUGGUACGCUCCGGUCCGCCUGUCCCGGCUGCGGUGGAUGUUGCUAGAACCCACGCGGAGGAAGGAAGAGACGCAGGCAGGCUGCGGUGACCCAAGCGGCCGCCCCUGCCUCAGGGACCCCUUCUCCGAGAGACCGGCAAAAUGACCCAGGGAAAGCUCUCCGUGGCUAACAAGGCCCCCGGGACUGAGGGGCAGCAGCAGGCAAAUGCUGAGAAGAAGGAGACUCCAGCAGUGCCCUCAGCCCCACCCUCCUAUGAGGAAGCCACCUCUGGGGAGGGGUUAAAGGCAGGAGCCUUCCCCCCAGUCCCCACAACUAUGCCUCUCCACCCCAGCUGGGCCUAUGUAGACCCCAGCAGCAGCUCCGGCUAUGACAAUGGUUUCCCCACCGGACACCAUGAGCUUUUCACCACCUACAGUUGGGAUGACCAGAAAGUUCGCCGGGUUUUCAUCAGAAAGGUCUAUACCAUCCUGCUGAUCCAGCUGCUGGUGACCUUGGGUGUCGUGGCUCUCUUUACCUUCUGUGACCCUGUGAAGGACUAUGUCCAGGCCAACCCAGGCUGGUACUGGGCAUCCUAUGCUGUGUUCUUUGCCACCUACCUGACUCUGGCUUGCUGUUCUGGACCCAGGAGACACUUCCCCUGGAACCUGAUCCUGUUGACCAUCUUUACCCUGUCCAUGGCCUACCUCACUGGGAUGUUGUCCAGUUACUACAACACCACGUCUGUGCUGCUGUGCCUGGGCAUCACGGCCCUCGUCUGCCUCUCCGUCACGGUCUUCAGCUUCCAGACCAAGUUUGACUUCACCUCCUGCCAGGGUGUGAUCUUUGUGCUGCUCAUGACCCUCUUCUUCAGUGGACUCAUCCUAGCCAUCCUCCUACCCUUCCAAUACGUGCCCUGGCUACACGCAGUCUACGCCGUGCUAGGAGCGGGUGUGUUUACAUUGUUCCUGGCAUUCGACACCCAGUUGUUGAUGGGUAACCGGCGCCACUCGCUGAGCCCUGAGGAGUAUAUAUUUGGCGCCCUCAACAUUUACCUGGACAUCAUCUAUAUCUUCACCUUCUUCCUGCAGCUCUUUGGCACUAACCGGGAAUGAGGAGCCCUUGCCGUCCCACCCGCUUCCUCCCGAAAAUGCCCCUUCUCGGUCCCCUAAUCCUGUGCUCCUGCCAGACCAGACAUAAACUCGCUGCAGCCAGACUGUGACCAGCGCUCAGUCCCCCAGCCAGCCCUCACAUACCCUCAGCAGCUUGUACAUAGGCCACCUUUGGGGUGCCGCGGAACUGAGGCCACACUGUCCCCUGUGCCGCCCGCCUCGCAGUUACCAUCUCCCAAACUGGGAAGUCAAGGCUGAAGGCCCCCCCUGGGUUUGUGGACCCAAAGGACAGUGGGAGGAGCCCAGCAGGACCUGAGCGUAGGGAAUGAGACCCCAGUUAGCCUGGCUGAGGUCUGUGCCACACCAAGAUUCCCGUGGGGCUGCAGUGACCCUGGGCACAUUGUCCAGUGUCCAGCCUACCCCUUCUCUCUUCCAGGCCAAGCAGUGCUGCUCUGGAAGGGAGGAGGAGGGUGGCUGGGAGACGAGGGAAGGGUGCUGUACAGGGUGGGAUGGGGCUAUGCAGACUCUCGCCUUCUCUCAAUUCUAGGGCCAGCGCUCGUUCCGGGGACUUGGGCCCUGGGGAAAGGGACAGAAAGUCAGUACUUCUACUGGUUGCCCUAGUGUACCCUCCUGGAUCAGGACAGGGCACUGUGGAGCAGGCGGUAGGUGCAGGGAGUACUGCUCCUAAGUGAGGGCCCAUCCUGGACUCCUGUCCCAGGGAGAUGGGGCCAGAGAGCCAACUGGGGAGACUGGGCUCUGCAGAAUGGGCAACUCCCCAGACCUGCAUUCCCUCAGGGGGUGCUUGGAGUUGGAGGACUAGGACCCACAUCUUCAUCUUCUCAGCCCUACCUGGGCUGCUCCCACAGCUCUGAGGAGGAGGGAGGUGCACUGGGGUCUCCUGCUAAUGUUCUAGGGAUGAAGCAGCUCCAGCUGUUGGUCCAGUCCCACCUGGAGGGAUCCUGUCCUGCCCCUCGCCCUACCCAAGCCUGGGCCUGAGUCAGUCCUGCACCUCUUAUCUCCUAAGACCGCCCCACCUGCUCCCACUCCUGGCUUAUCCCCAGCCAGGUCUCCUGAGGACUUAGGAGUUGGCAGCGUCCACCAAUAUCCCCCCUUCCUGGCCAUUCACUCUGCCCAGAGUCCCGGAGUCCCCUCUUAUCUUCACAUCUCUCCAAUUUGGAAGCUGUCCAGCUGAUGCUAACAGCCAGGGUCAGCCCCUCAAGCUGGUCCCAUGUGAUGAGGCCAAGGCUCCUUAUCAGCCUCCAGGCGGCUGGGAUCUCAGGCAGGGUGUGCAUCAGCCACCCCGCUCCUGGCUGGGUGCCUGGUGGGGAGUGCACAACGGGACCACACCUGGGGCAGUGUGCAGCCAGCACGUGGCCAACUCUGGGCCAGUGGAAAGUUACUGAGUGGAGGCACGGAGGCUCUAAGUGGAUACCAGGACCCUCCUUUGGCCUCUAACUUCUGUGCUUCUCUUCUUCUUCCUUCGUUGGAAGGGUGACUAGGUAUGUUAUCCAUCCACUCCUGAGCCCACCCUCCCCCGCUUUCCUACUUCUAGCUUUCAAGAAAUAUUACAGACCUAUUUGAAGUUUUGUUCCAUCUUGGGUAUUUGAGGAGAGAAGGAAUCAAGGACCAGCAGGUGACAUGUGUGAGGUAAAGGCAACUGGGGCAUGGAGGAGAUGCUCACUGUGUGCUGGUCUAAAUUAAUCCCUGCACCAGUGCUACAAAGGCAGCAUUCUGUGCAGCCCCAUUGGGUAGGGCAAAGCCCAGAUGCUCAGAAAGGCUUGGUAAUGAGUUCAAGGUCAGACACUUAGCAGUGGUGGAUCUGGGAUUCAGAUCCAAGACUGCCUCACUCAAAAGCAUCACUCUUGGGACUGUGGUGUGUGGCUGAAUGGUAAUGUGCUUGCUUAGCAUUCACAAGGCCCUGGGUUCAAUUCCCAGCAACACACACACACACACACACACACACACACACACACACACGGCGGAACAAAAGGCCUCCAAGUUUCCCUCCAGCCUGAGUGAGGCCGGAAUGAGACAGUGUGGGAGCCAAGAGGUUGGUGUUAAACCCGACAUCUCUGAGGACUUGUGGCCUCGUAGAGCGCCACCUGGCCUUGCAUCUUCCCUUUCCCACUCCCACCAGAGUUUGAAUUCUGAAGUUCCAUUCUCUUGACACCAGCUGGGAGGCAGGAUUUCUAGUCUCUGAUUCCUAGCCUCACUGCCAUCAGGAUUGUGGUAUUAGCAUAGCAAGUAUUUCUUGCUCUCUGUGAUUCCUAUCCACAAGAUGGAAGUCUAUGGCCAGUGUGGGGCAGGGAGAAGCACUAAGACACUUAUUUCCACUGACUUCCUGCCCUCCAAAACCCACUUAGAUUCCUUUCUUAGUCUCUGGCCUCAAGUUCUAGAAGGGUUUGCUAUCCACACCCCCCUUGGCCUGCCAUUCUCACACUGGACAGCUUCUCAGAAUCCACUUGUCCACAUCCUCCUCUUCACUGGAUAAUUUAUGCAGAAAUGGAAUUGAGUAAAUUUUCCAUGGCUGGGUUCCGAAAGACUGGGGGAGAGGCAAGCCUUCAACCAUAAAUGCCCUGGGCACAAAUCACAGCAAUCUCAAAGGUGGGCAGCCCUGCGGAGGGCCCUGAGCUGACAGCAAAGCUAGAGCUCCAGCCCGUGUGUCUGGCCUCCGAUCCCGGCAGUGAGGCACUCCAAGAGCACCUGAUGGGUCUCAGAAGGAGGAAGGGUGGGGAAGAGGAAUGCGAGAUUAUGAGGAAUGCAGGAUUACAGGAAACUGAAGCUGAGCAGGUGCUGCAAACUAUAGAGGGAGAAGAGCGCUGGCCCCUCACAUUUUUUAGCCUGGGUGGGGCUGGACCUGGGAAGAGGUAGGUUGGAUUCUAUAAAGCUAGAAUGAAGCCUGAAUCUGCCCAUCUCGGAUGGGAGUCCAGAAGUCUUCUGAUGAGAGAACGUGGCAGAUUGGGGCCCAAGCAUUACUCAAGAGUCCCCGACUCCCCACACCAAUUCCUGGGCAUACGUGUGAGGCUUGCUCUGCCUAGCCUGGGGAUGUCCCCAGAAUCUCGGCUCUUCCAUUGCUGGGGGAGUCAAGAUCUAACUGAUACACUUUCCUUCCCUGGCCCACUUGAGGACAAGUCCCUGGAGGCCUGUCUGGGGCUGGGUGGGUGUUGGAACUUUACACAAACAUUUUGCUGCCCCCCUGUGGCUUCUUGAGAAAAAGCAGGAACAACUUCUGCGGGAGAGAAACGGGUGCCGGUGCCGUGGCUGAAGAUGAGGGGAGGGACCUGGCUGCCAGCUUUCCUUCCCCAGGUCUCCCAGACCUGUCUUCUCAACGCCAUCGACUGUUCCUUUUGUCCAAAGACCGUCACAUCUCUUGGACAUUGUCCGCUGAAAACCAUCCCUGCGCUGCCUGCAACCCUGAGAUGUUCCCCCCACACACUGAGGGCCGAGAUUCUUGGCCUUGGCCG